GGAGUCGACUGGAGUUGAAAACUCACAGAAGGACUCAUACAAGGUACUAUAAAGAUGUUAUCGUACAGGUUUCAUGACUCCAACGAGCACCUCUUAUUGUUCUGCGCAUCCGCUUUUGAUCUGAUCUGCUUUUUCCAAAAAGUCAAACAGAACAAUUAAAAAACAACUUCCCAAAGCACUAUGUUUGUCAAGUUCACUCCCAUCUACGUGAUCGCAUGCUUUGCUACCUUGGGUGAGUCUAAACUAUUCUCUUCCUGAUAUGUUCUUUUAUUGAUGGGUUAUGUCAUUUCAGCAAUUGCAUCGCCUGUACCUGUUGCAGCUCCUGAAGCUGUUGCACUCGCCAACACCGGGAUUCUUGCUCGCGAGGCCAUGCCAGCAGCAGAAGUCUUUUCUGAACGCGAACCUACUCCUGAAGAGUCAGAAGACGUCGAGGCCAGGGUGUGCCGCUACGGCUGCCUAUGAUCUCAUCCCCAUUUCCCAUAUUUUCUUCGCGCUAUUGCGAUUUAUCAGCGCCCCCACUGUCAUUUCCGCCAUUUGCACCACUUUCUGAGGGUCCAGCUCGAUGCGGACCACCCGUCGUCAGACCCAGCCGCAAUUUUUUUCCUUCUCCGAUGACCAUUCCGGACAAUAUUCUGGAUUCCCAUUUUUCUUACGCACGUUACGACUUUUGUUUGUUUUGUUAAUCGGCAGGGGCUCUGAAAAACUGUAUUACUUGACCUUGACUCAUAGAUGACGCUGUAUUGUUAUUCCUUUUUUUGCUUUCGUACGCUUUCUGAUAUGGAAUGUCCCGCGCUCAACGUAGCUGCUGUAUACAGUACUUAGGUACUUACUUCAAACUAUCUCUUAUUACAUCGUGCCUCGAUGUUAUGAGGAAAAUUCUUGACGCGUGAUAUUCGAGUGCAUUGAACUUCAUCAUAUAACUUAAGUUGGGCACCUUCAUCGCCUUCAUGCUCAGUGUGGACAUCGAACUGGAAUGUGU